AUGGCUCGUGAAAUCAAAGAUAUCAAGGAAUUCGUUGAAUUGUCUAGAAGAAAGGACGUUUCUAAAUUGACCGUCAAGACUGCUAAGAAGGUUAACGCCAACGGUAAAAAAUACACUGAAAGCAAAUUCAAGAUCAGAGGUACCAAGAACUUGUACACCAUUGUCCUCACCGACUCUGACAAGGCUUCCAAAUUGCAACAAUCUUUGUCUCCAAGCUUGAAAGUUGAAACCAUCGCUUAA